AAUGAAUCUAUACAACAGCAGAGGGAAUUGACUUACUCUUAGCUACCGAUCGUGGUUCAUCUGCAACAGCAGGAUAUCACUCUAUCAGUACCAUUCAUGAUCAGUGACCUGAAGCAGCUAGAGGAUAUGAAUUGCAUCUCAAGCCACCUACAGUCGAUUAGUGGAAUCUGAGCAACAAUUCGCCCUAAGAAUCAGCUGCCAGAUAUAAGGUUGGUAACACUAACCUGAAAUACAAGUACAAAUUAAGUUGCUGCAGAUUUUGCACUGUUGUAUUUGUUGUUGUGAUUGUGAACAUGUCCUUGACUUUGAACUUUCUUGGAGGAGCACCUUUUCAACUAUUGUAUGAUGGAGUUAAGGAAGCCAUUAGCGCAACAAGAAAGUUUAGAACCCAACUCAUAAAUCUAGAGUUCACUUUGGACUGUUUACAGCCACAGAUCAUACAACAAAUAAGAAAUAAUAAUGUGCAACUGAGUCUCCCAGACGACAUAAUACAAGAUCUUCAAGUAAAAAUGAAUGAGGGCAUAGAUCUUGUUGCAAGGUUGUCGCAGCUUAGCAUGUGGAACAUCCGUAUUUGGGGCAAUUGUUGCAACUGCAUAAAGCCUAAUUACGCAGAACAACUUGAGGACUUGGACAGAUCACUUAAAAGACUGUUAGAACUACUGAAGCUGGAGCAGAUAAGGAAUAUAACGUUGCUGAUGCUUAGAAUAGAUGAAAUAGAAAGAAGGCAGUCGGAUAUUCUACAAGCGCUGCAACAUAUUCCAGGGCAUAUAUCAAGAGCGCAGCAGGAGGUCAUACAACGAAUGCAAGUGAAUGUUGCGCAACAAGCGAGUAACGGAGAAGGAGGAGCUGCUGCACCUGCUCCUGUUCUAGGAGUAGUAUUUGGAAUGUUGUAUGAUGCUGUGACACAAGUGAAGGUCAAGAAUUUGAUGUUUAACCGACUUCUUGGGGAAAUCAAAUACUCACUAGACUGUUUGAAACCAUUGAUAGAAGAGGUAGCAAACAACAAUAAGGUCCUGCAUCUUCCAAUGCUAGAACUAGAAGAUUUUGCAAUAGAGAUGGAGAAGGCUGUGGAGUUCGUUCGUAAAUGCUCCAAGGUUAGCAAGUUGGCCAACUACAGAAAGUACCCAUGGACCAACAAGCUUCUUAAAUUAGAUAAAUACCUUCAAAAGCUUUUCACUGAUUUCAAAGGGCAGGUGGAAGGGAAAGUGAAGGAGGCCAUGGAGUUGGUAAGUAACAUAGAGGCAGUGAUGAACCAAACUAAAGGUAGCGUGGUGGAAAAUGAUGCCAUAGAAUGUGAAGGUCGGAAUCUACUGCUCCAACCACUUUCACCUUCAGUUCGACUGGAGGUCCAGAAUGUGCUGGGAACAAGUACUCAUGUAAUCAAGAAGACAUUGAUUGAUACAGCAACGAUUACAGAGGAGGGGGUCAAGCCUUCUGAAGAGAGUAAUGUGGUACGAAGUCAAAUUCACAAUGAACCUCCUUCCCAUGUAGUGGAGUUAGAUAUUCUGCAUGUGAAAGAGGCAAGGGAUGUGGUCAAGGAGACAAUGAAUUCAACCAGGAAUUUAGAGGUGGGGAGCAUACGAACUGAAGGGACAGAGGUCGUUGGUUCAUCAAGGAAUGUGCAAGAAACAAGUGAAGUAAAGGAGAUAUUGGAUUGUGAAAUGGAUAAAGAAGAGUGUGAAGAAAGUGAUACAUGGGUGUAUGCUCAGUCUGACACUGACACUACAGUCCUUGACCAGAACCUACAGUCCUUGAUUGCUCAGUCUGAAGUAGCUGAUCAACAUGAACCUCCAGAACCUACAGAUCAGUCGGACUCAUAUCCAAAACCAGGUGUCCAAUCAUUUUCCCUCUUUGUUCACUGA